AUGACAGACCAGCCAUUGAAGAAAGUGCUCCAUAAACCUGACGUGUCAGGGAGACUGAUAGCAUGGGCAGUAGAAUUGAGCGAGUACCAGAUCAAGUACAAGCCAAGAACAACCAUAAAAGGCCAAGCCUUAGCUGAUUUCGUCGUUGAAUGCAUCCAGGGCGAGAACGAUCCAGAACAAGAGGACCAGAUGGGAAGGGAGAUUGGUUCAGAGCCAUCCUGGACCAUGUUCGUGGACCGGUUGAGUAACUUCGAAAGCAGGGGAGCAGGCUUCAUUCUAACAAGUCCAGAAGCCUUUAGGAUACAGUUCGCGUUGCGAUUUGUGUUCCCAGCAUCCAACAAUGAGGCCGAAUAUGAAGCAUUGAUAGCAGGACUCAAAAAUGCCAAAGCCAUUCAGAUCAAGAGAUUAACGGCACAGAGUGAUUCACAGCUGGUCGUGAAUCAGAUAAAUGGAGACUACGAGGCAAAGGACGAUUGCAUGGCAGCCUACCUAAUGGUAGCUAAGGAGUAUUUUGGGUCGUUCAAAAUGUUUGAGAUGCAAAGAAUAUCGAGAAGCGAGAAUAAAAAGGCUAACGCACUCUCACGCCUCUCGACCGAGGCCUUAGUGCAAUUGGACGGGUCGGUGUAUGUAGAAAAGUUGUCAAAGCCCUCCCACCAAACCAAAGAGGUCACGCCGAUCAAGAUGGAGCCGAACUGGAUGGACCCGAUCGUGGUCUACUUAAGGGACGAUGUGUUGCCCAAAGACAGGGCUGAGGCGCGAAGGGUACGAGGACGCGUAGUAAGGUACACCCUCGUAGAAGGAGAACUAUAUAAGAGGUCGGUGUCCUCUCCCUUACUGAGAUGCCUAACACCCAGUCGCGCCCUCUAUGCGCUGGCAGAGGUGCACAUGGGAAUAUGUGGUAGUCAAAUGGGAGGUCGCCACCUAGCAUACAAAGUACUCCAGCAGGGCCUCUAUUGGCCAAACAUACAGAAAGAAGUGAUCCAAUAUGUGAAGUCAUGUGAGCAGUGCCAGAAGUUCAUGACCAUACCUCGCCAACCAGUGACCAAGCUGGCCUCAAUACUUAGCCCCAUUCCAUUUGCCAUGUGGGGGAUGGAUAUGCUAGGCAACAUCACCCCAGCCUCAGGAGGAAGAAAGUACCUCGUGGUCGCGGUAGACUACUUCACCAAAUGGGUAGAAGCAGAGCCACUGGAGAAAUCACACGACAACAGGUGGAGAAAUUCUUCAGAGACAAGGUCAUCUACCGGUUUGGGCUGCCUAAGGUGCUGGUUAUGGACAACGGGCUCAAGUUCAACAAACCAGAAUUCAGGGCAUUCUGCGCACAUUAUAACAUAG